CCUGUCUGUGUGCGGCGGUGCAGCGCGAGCAGCUCAGCUGUUUAAACCUCCGAUGAGUUCAGACAGAUUCAAACUUUUAACUUUGAAAUAAAAAACUGUUUUCUUUGUUGUUUAAAAAAAAAAGUUGUUUCAGAGAGAAGUUGAACUUUUCUUUAACUUUUCCCGAGUUCUUCCGAGUUUCCCUGGGUUUUCGUGCUGCUUUCCCCGGUGUUUGGGUCGGCGAGGAAUGCGAGUGUCGGGUUUUUAAUUUAACUACGGUUCUGGUUCUGGAUUGUUCUGUCGCGUUGAACCGGAGAAAGUACCGGGUCGAGCCGGCAUCACCCGUCCAGUGACGGUGUUAGGAGCCAAACGGAACCCACAGACCGGGUUGAAAUGCCGGGGAUGAGAGGACUAGUUCUCCUUCUCUACCUCCACACAUGUCGGGCCUUCCCCAACAAGCUGCCAGACCUCAGCACCGAGACGCCUGGCCAGUUCACCGACCCGCUGCUGGACUACGAGCGGCUGGAUGAGGAGCUGGGAGGUGGUGGGGGGCGGAACGGGACCGGCGUGGCGGAGGGCUGCGGGCUGUGUGAGCCGGACCUGUGCCCAGAGACCCGGGGCUGCAGGUCCGGCCUGGUGCAGGACUCCUGCGGCUGCUGCAAGGAGUGCGGAAACCUGGAGGGUCAAGCCUGCGACCCGGGGGACCGUAGCGUUUUUUACGGGCUCUGCGGGACCGGGCUGCGGUGCCAGGCGGACCCGCUGCCCGCAGGAGGAGGAGGCGGAGGAGAGGAGGAUGAUGUGGAGGAGGUGUGUGUGUGUGAGGAGCAGGAGGCGGUGUGUGGCACUGAUGGAGUAACAUACAUGAACCUGUGUCAGUUCAGAGAGGCUGCUUUCUCCAAACCAGGGCUCAAGACCAGAGGGAGGGGCCCCUGCAAAACCGUCCCCAUCAUUAAGGUCCCCCCUCACAGCCAGGUGAAUGGGACAGGCAGCAGUCUGGUCUUCCUCUGUGAGGUCUUUGCGUUCCCGAUGGCUCUGGUCGAGUGGAGGAAGGAGGGCCAAGACGUCGUCCUGCCCGGAGACGACCCCCACAUCUCAGUCCAGUCUCGGGGCGGUCCUCUGAAAUUUGAGCUCUCCAGUUGGCUGCAGAUUGAGGGGGCGGGGCCAGAGGACUCAGGGACCUAUCGCUGUGUUGCUCGUAACAACAUGGGGUCAGUGUCGGCCUCUGCUGUACUGGGAGUACUGGGAGCAGCGGAGCUGUCGUCCUACCUGGCCAAUAGUGUGUCAGAGAUGAAGCAGCUGAUGGACGCCACAGACUACGACCAGGACUUUUACUGACCAACGUUGUGAUGUCACUUCCUGCAACUGUUUGGCUUCCCUUCAGCAAAGACAGUAAACGCAUCAUCGCACACACUGGUGGACACAUGAGACGCUCUGACAGGACAGAUGAUCAGAUGCAGAUUCUGCUUCAGGCCAGUUUGUUUCCAGCAAUAUAUUAAACAUAUUAAAAUGUGGAUCAUUAUAUUAUUAUUAUUAUUAUUAUUAUUAUUAUUGUUGUUAUUGUUAUUAUUAUUAUUAUCUCAGUGUAUCCCAACAUUACUCCUAUGUCACAGCGGGUGGUGACACGGAGGCUCAGCAUGUUGAACGUGUUGUUGGUGUUGCAGGGUCGAGCCCGAGUCUCCUGUCGGCUCCGUCACUGUGAAACCAACUUUAUCCCAUAAAUAAAUGUAAAAAAAAAAAAAUUAACAAACUAGUGUUUGUGUUUCCGCUCUGUGCUGCUGCAUCACUGACCAUCAAAUACAUGGAAUAAAUCACACUAUGCAGAUUAGAAACCCGACAGGAAGUUAAACCUCCUCUGAGAGCACCAGCAGUGAUGAAAUACUGUAUGUCUGAGGAAACUGAACCAACAUGUGGUGAAUCUAUUAACCAGCAGAAACUUUGUUUUCCAACAACUCAACCCUUUGUUGCCCUCUGAUAUCGUCCGGAGUUGAAAUUCUUUCUCACAGCGUCAUUGACAGACUUUUCAUCCUAAAUUGCUUCAAAUCUAGUUCACACAUCACAUACUAUGUCAAUAAUACAUACUGAUAAUAAGUUCCCCAGGCCCUGCUGUGGGCCUGAAAAAUGUUUGACAAGAAAAAAAAAGUUUGUGCAACAAUAAUGUCAUUUCUUAGCACGCACUGUAUGUCAUCGUCUGUUUCUGUUUCUAUCCAACUACUGUUACACCUCACAGGAAACUCUUUUACACAUAUUUACAGUUUUGUUUCUGCUGUUUCCACUCAGGUUUUUAAAGGAGCAAACAUAAACAUUUGCUGUAUGUUCAGCUGUCCACAAACUUUUGUCCAUACAGCAUAUUUGUUAUUUUCUGAACAAACGGCAGAACUUUGUCUUUACAGUCGAAACUUUUUCCAACCAGAAUGAAAAACAUAUUUUACCAUGAAAAGACUCAAAUCAAUAACAGACUUUAUAUAUAAAUUGUGUGUGUGUGUGUGUGUGUGUGUGUGUGUGUGUGUGUGUGUGUG